AAAGGCACGCGCUUCCGUUGUUCCCAGGAAGUUGUGGGCGCCUGGUCCUGCCCCUAACUGAGGCGGAAGCACAGCUUGUGGAGCUGGGCCGCUUUACUGCUGUGCAUCAGCCCAUGGCUGCCUACUCCUAUCGUCCAGGCCCAGGUGCUGGCCCUGGCCCUGCUGCUGGAGCUGCACUGCCAGACCAGAGCUUUCUGUGGAACGUCUUCCAGAGGGUUGAUAAAGACAGAAGUGGAGUGAUUUCAGACAAUGAGCUUCAGCAAGCAUUAUCCAAUGGUACAUGGACUCCAUUUAAUCCAGUGACUGUGAGGUCAAUCAUUUCUAUGUUUGACCGAGAAAACAAGGCUGGUGUGAACUUCAGUGAAUUCACAGGUGUGUGGAAGUAUAUCACAGACUGGCAGAAUGUCUUCCGGACCUACGACAGGGACAACUCUGGGAUGAUUGACAAGAACGAGCUCAAACAAGCACUCUCAGGCUACCGGCUCUCUGACCAGUUCCAUGACAUCCUCAUCCGAAAAUUUGACAGGCAAGGACGAGGGCAGAUCGCAUUUGAUGACUUCAUCCAGGGUUGCAUCGUCUUGCAGAGGUUAACAGACAUAUUCAGACGCUAUGACACGGAUCAGGAUGGCUGGAUUCAGGUGUCUUAUGAGCAGUAUCUCUCCAUGGUCUUCAGCAUUGUAUAACCAGGCCUUGUGAACAGCAAGCACGGCAUGCAAAAGACUGAAGAUGCCAAAUCCGUUCCUUACCUGUGAUAGAACAGGGCACAGCUCCAGUGAGAUGCCGUCCUUCCGUUGGCUGUAUAGUUGAUACUUGGGGACCUGACUGUACAUAUGUGAAUAAGCUGGCCAGUGAUUCUGUAGUGGGAAUCUAGCUACACUGUUAUAGUACAAACCUUGGGUUUGCUAAUUGUGCCAUGAGGUGAGACCUAAUAAUGCUUCAGGAUUCUGCUCCCAAACUAUCAUGUUCUUUUCUAGAUGCCUCGAAUUCUGUAGUUGCAAUGCUUUUAUUAGCCAAUAGAAUUUUAAAAUAAUAUGGAACUUGCACAGAAGGCUUUUCAUGUGCCUUACUUUUUAAAGAAAAUUUAUUCAUUGGAAUAUGUAACAUAAGCAAUAAAGUAAUAAUACAGACUGUUUA